GGGUUUGCUGGGGUUCUGGAGUGAUGCUAUUGUGCAGAGCUGGACGGAGGUUGGAUCAGAAGCUCCGGCGCUUCUCUACCACCGUGCGCAACCGUGCUGAAGAUGAAGGAGACUGGCUCUACUCUUCCGAGUGGUGGGACAGCUCCGGCGCAGAUGGCAAAACUGUUUUCCGUUCACUUUCCGACAAGGGAAACGGCGAAGUUUCUGUCAUAGCUUACCCCUCUUCUAAACCUGAAAAAGUUUACUGGGGAAGAACAGAGAAGUGGCUACAAGAAAGAUAUCAUGAGAUACAUUCAGGCGAUAGUAAGCACCAAGGAAAUUUCAAGAUUCUUGGUUAUCAGUGGCGAGCUCUCCGCUUUAAUGAAGAUACUCGCCAGAGCACUGUUAAAGUGAUGGCUUUUUACAGAGAGUCAGAUCCUGAUUCCAUACUCUUGAUGCAGCAGCCACAUUGUCUGGCUAUUCCAUAUGUAAAGAGUAUGAUUUGUGCUGGACUGGCUACAAUCUCAUGCUGUAACUUUGAUCUUCAUAAAGCUAUAUGUGGGACAAAGACGAUGAAUGUCUUAUGCAUUGGUCAUGGUGGAGGAAGUAUACCACUGCUUUUAGCAAGCAAAAUUAAAGGGGCGAUGGUUCAUGAUGUCGAAAUUGACCCUAUCGUCAUCUCAGCUUCAGUACAAGCUAUGGGAUUCCCAUCACCUUCACUUGCAACAUCUCCAUAUACUAACCCUACACAAUCAACACAUGACUCAAUCCAAAAAAUGCUAUGGAAAGGAACACAUGAGAGGAUCUGUUUAUAUGAAUCUGACGCUGAAAAGUUCAUCAUUGACCCCACCCAUCAUCUCAAAUAUGACAUCGUUUUCAUCGACGCUUAUGACGGCGAUGAUAUCUUUCCAUACAAGCUGUGGGACCUGCACUCGCCGUUCCUCAAAACUUUGAGUAACUGUCUUCACCCUGAGCACGGGACAGUGAUCGUGAACCUUCACUCAGACGUGGACUAUGACGGCAGAUCAUCCGAUGGUCACUCCUUACCCAUGGGGGGUUAUGUGAAACAAGUGUGCAGGGCCUACAAGGAAGCAUUACUAGGGAAUGGGAAAUCUUGUGAUGGCUUGGCAUACGUGGUUUCAGUCCCUUGGGUGUGUAAUACAACUGUUGUUGUGGCUAGGGGUUUCAGAGGAGGUAGUAGUAGUUUUAACAGGGAGAGUAUUUUGAGUACACUGAUGAGCAGAUCUAUUGAAGUUGAGACUGCUCUUGAUUUGCCUUUUUCAUGUUUAGGAUAUAUUAAAAGAAGUUUUACUCUUGUGGACUGAUUUAUUACGCUUACUGAUUUAUUACGUGAUUUUAGCUUGGACAUUCUGCUUGCUUGGGAAUUUGGGAUUAUAUAUUGAGACUCGAUAUGAAUGAUAAUCGAGAUUCUAUUUAUUAGUAUUCCAGACAGCGAGUUGG